GCAGGACUCAAGCGGCCACUUUCACUCUGAAUGGCCAUGUCGACGGCCACCGAUACCGCCUCACCUCGUCGCAGUGAGUUGUCCUCCACGCUGGCUAGACGGCGAUAUGAAUGCGAACGAAAGCGUCGGUAUCGGGCAGAUCAACGCUGUCAACGUGCCAUCCUUGUCGCUGAAAUCACAGCGUUGCAGGAAACCCUGCAACGCACCCUGUCGAUACCACAGCAGCGCGCGUGGAGCGAGGUCACGAAACGGUUCGAAACCGAUCUUGCCCUUCGCGCCGCGAAGAGGCGAAAGCUGCGCGACCAGGUCCACCGACAACAAGAGUUGCUUCUAAUCCUGCACGAGUGGGUCGGUCGUUCCGUCGGUCGUUCGUUGCGGGAUAGCCGGCCGUGGCUGCACUCGACCUUGCUCGCACACCGUGAGUCGCGCCAAUACGGGUUCCAAUGGCUCCUGGACCGCGUCUUUCACGCCGCCAAUACUACGCUUUCGUCUACCUUCAACGGAUCUAUCGCAGACGUUUCGACGCUCCAAGUCCACGUAGACGACAACCAGGACAUCCUCGGCAUGGAAAGCCACCAUCAAGUGACACUUCUCGCCGGCUUGAACGACGUUACCGCGUGCUAUGUUAACGCCAGUCGCGACAUCAUACAAUCGAGCGUGUACAAUGUCGAGACAGUCCUGGAGGAAGGCGAAUUGUUGUACUGGCGGUUGUACAAUGCGCAGCUCGGGACGAGCUUGUGCAGACUCACUCGGAGCUACCACCUCGCGUCGCGUGUGGUGUGUGCAUCGAUAUAUGUACGGGACGACGAGUGCUUUCCAUUGCAGCCAAAUGAACUUCGACCCCAUGGAUUUGGCUGGACCGUUAUGGACGCUGUCACAGACUCCAUCACGUUGUGUCGGUCUGCGGUCAUGCAGUACGCACCCAUCACAACCGACGGCGUCGUGACGUUUGAACGCACUGCGGCCAUGUUUGGAGUCGAACCCAGCUCCUCGCGGGAUGUCGUCCUCGCCCGCAUCGAGAACAACGCGCUGCGGAACUUUGUGGCAGGAAUGGCAUCGAUGGUCACAGACAUGGAAACGCGAAUAGCGAGGCUGCAUCUCACACGACCUACGAGCAACAUAAUGUGCUGAUAAUAUUAUUUUACCAUACAAGAUCUAGA